GUAAGACCCUAUGACUGUGUCGAGAUAUCUGUGUUCCUGGUCCAAGCUAGUCUAGCUGCAGCUAUACCGGGAUCCAACACUGUAUGUCAGUCAGACAACAUUGUUGUACAGUCUGUCAUCAGUCAUCAUACAGAUAAGCCUCACCUAACCGUCAAAACGUCAGUCAUGCGAACAAUACCAGUUAUUGAUACACAUUUCUGAUAUAGGAUGUUAUAAAACUUUUAUGUUCUUUAAUGUUUUUCCAAGAGUGUAUAUAAUGACUGAUGAAAAGAAAAAGGUUAAUUGCGUGCUCCCUAUACUAAUUGUGAUUUUAUUCCCCAUUGUAUCAGAAUGCCUCCUCUGCUACCAGUGUGGAGACACGAGUGAGCACCAGAACUGCCUACACGACUGGCAGGGUCUGAUCAACACCUCCUUGGGCAACUCUACUCUCUACAAGAAAGACUGCACGGCAAUGAAUAAGAACUGGACUAUGUGUAUGAUUGAAAGUGCUGAGACAGAGGGUAAAUACACCUUGUUCCAUAGAGGCUGUACCGACGGCGAGAGCUUUCCAGAAAAAUUCAACUCGUCACGCUUCACCAACAUCGCCGCCAACAACGCCAGUACGUGCGCCUACCUGCCCGGCCUGACACGUCUCGUCUGCUACAGGUACUGCCAGACUGACUACUGCAACGGUCCCCAGCCUCCCAGCUGUAACGGUUCCAGCCUGUGUGACGCUGCAGGGAUGAUGGUGCCAUCCAGGUCUGCUGUGGUGGGGAUAAGUCUGGUUGUAGCUGCGGUUCUAGUCUUCUGAUUCCACAGUCAUUGCAUGUUCUAGAACAUUCAACAAAAAUGUAUUUAAAGUGUAAAUAAAACUAUUUUUAAAACA